GGCGCGACAGUGGCCCAGAACGGGCUGGCCGGCGUGCUUCACACGACUGUGCCGGCGGCCGCGGCAGCCGGAGGGGCGGCAGCGGCCGCAGCGCAGCCCUCUACGCCGUCAUACCGCAACGCCGCGGCGGGCCCCGCUGCAGCUCGCGCCGGCGCGGCCGGCGGCGGCGCCGGCGGCCUCGGGGCCCUGGGCAGUGGCAAGGUCACUGCUGCGGCCGCGGCAGCAGGCGGCGCGGGCGUGAUUGUCGGCGCCGCGCCCGCGGCGCCCGCGGCCCGCGGCGGUGCGGACCACUUUAGCGCCUUCCCCGCGCAGCCGGCGGGCGCGGGCGCGCAGGCCGCCGCCGCCCCCGCGCAGCGCGCCUUGGGGUAUGGCGCGCUGCCCUCAAAGGGCGCCGCCGCGGCCGCGGCGGUGCCCUCAGGGGGCCCUCGGGCGGCCGGGGGCGGGGGCGCGGGCGGCCAGCAGCAGCCCAGCCAGGCGUCGCAGAUGGACGACGGUGGGGCGGAGUUCCUCCACAUGAGCAUGAUCGACUCGCUGCUGCAGGAGUGA